AUGUGGCGCCUGGUGCCCCCGAAGCUGGGCCGCCUGUCCCGCUCGCUGAAGCUGGUGGCGCUCGGCAGCCUGUUGGUGCUGAUGGUGCUGCACUCGCCGUCGCUGCUGGCGUCCUGGCAGCGCAACGAGCUGGCGGACCGGCGCUUCCUGCAGCUCAAUAAGUGCCCGGCGUGCUUCGGCACGAGCUGGUGCCGCCGCUUCCUCAACGGGCAGGUGGCUUUCGAGGCGUGGGGUCGCCUGCGCCUGCUGGACUUCCUCAACGUGAAGAACGUGUACUUCGGGCAGUACGGCGAGCCCCGCGAGGGCGGCCGCCGCCGCGUCGUGCUCAAGCGCCUGGGCUCGCAGCGCGAGCUGGCGCAGCUCGACCAGAGCAUCUGCAAGCGGGCCACGGGCCGCCCGCGCUGCGACCUGCUCCAGGCCAUGCCCAAGACGGAGUUCGCCCGCCUCAACGGCGACGUGCGGCUGCUCACGCCCGACGCCGUGGAGGGCUGGUCCGACCUGGUGCACUGCCCCUCGCAGCGCCUGCUCGACCGCCUGGUGCGCCGCUACGCCGAGACCAAGGACUCGGGCAGCUUCCUGCUCCGCAACCUGAAGGACUCGGAGCGGAUGCAGCUGCUGCUCACGCUCGCCUUCAACCCGGAGCCGCUGGUGCUACAGAGUUUUCCAUCUGAUGAAGGCUGGCCAUUUGCAAAAUACCUUGGAGCGUGUGGAAGAAUGGUGGCUGUAAAUUAUGUUGGAGAAGAAUUAUGGAGCUACUUCAAUGCACCUUGGGAAAAACGUGUUGACUUGGCUUGGCAGUUAAUGGAAAUUGCGGAACAGCUUACCAACAAUGACUUUGAAUUUGCACUCUACCUCCUAGAUGUCAGUUUUGACAAUUUUGCAGUUGGUCCUAGAGAUGGGAAGGUGAUCAUUGUAGAUGCUGAAAAUGUUUUGGUUGCAGACAAAAGAUUAAUUAGACAAAAUAAACCUGAAAACUGGGAUGUAUGGUAUGAAAGCAAGUUUGAUGACUGUGAUAAAGAAGCUUGCUUAUCAUUUUCAAAAGAAAUUCUUUGUUCUCGUGCCACUGUGGAUCACAAUUACUAUGCUGUUUGUCAGAACCUUUUGUCUAGACAUGCCACCUGGCGUGGCACUUCUGGAGGACUACUUCAUGACCCACCAGGCGAAAUUGCCAAAGAUGGCCGAUUGGAGGCCUUGCUUGAUGAGUGUGCCCACCCAAAGAAGCGAUUUGGCCGAUUCCAAGCUGCAAAAGAACUGCGGGAAUAUUUAGCACAAUUAAGUAACAAUGGGAGGUAGUCCAUGCCGAUUGUUUUCCUUCUUUUUCCCUUUGACUAGCACUAGCUAAAACUAAAGAUAUCACUCUAUGGGGAGAAAUGAAAUUUGCAAGAGUUACCUUCAAAAAAUAAAUUUAAUCUAGUAAAUCUACUCUGUUAACAUUCAUCAGAUGUGGCAUUUCAAAGAUAAUAUGAUGCUUCUCUGCAAACAAAUGUAUAUCUGUUUUAUGAAGAUUUGAGCUACCAUUGACUUUCUCCCCCUGACUUUCUCCCCCUGAAUAUCUGAGGGAUGGAUCAACAAUUAUUGUAAAGCUAUUGGAGGUAUCUGAUAGCUUAAUUGGCUUGUGUAUCAAAGGGUACUUGACAUAACCUGCAUUAGUAACACAAUUUUGUGAAGCUCUUGCAUUUACUUGGAAAGUCAAGUUAGAAUGGCCUGUUUUAUAGGCCUCUUUUCCUCCUGAUAUGUGGGAGUUUUUUUUUCUUCUAUUUUAUGUUCACCUUAUUAAAUUUAUAUACAUGCAGUUAAAUGUAGGUAUUACAGUUUUUUUUUUUAAAACUUAACUGGUUUUCAUUCAUUGCUGUGUGGUUCACAUUUACUAUGAGGGCAGGAUUCCCAAGUUUACUGUCUUUCAACUAGUUAUUAUGUAUAUGCCAGUUGCUUUAUUUUUUUUUAACAUUCUGAAUAUGUUAUAAAUUUCAUUUUUCUUUCUUGUGAUUCUGUCAUUGCAGCUUUCAUAAGAGCGCUUCAGGUCAAUUAGUAGUUAUACAGAUUUCUACCCACUAUGCCAAUAAGUAUAAUUGAGCAGGGAGUUCUUGGCAUAUGUUUCAAAAUGUCCAAGUUAGAUUGACUAGAGGCUUUAGGAAAAGCUUAGUAGGAAGCUACAUUUUAAGAUCUGCUUUUGGCAGGGGAGAGCGGAAACCCUGAAAUUUUGUUUUUAAAGGUAAAUUAGUACAAUGGAGUAAAUAAAGCAUAUGCCAAAGAAACAUUAGUCCCUAAGCUAGAUUUAAAAAAGCAUUUCAAGUUCUUUAGCUUGACUAACCCUAGAUUCAUUGGUCUCCUAGCUGUUUUAUUUUUAAGAUGUAAAUUUUCUUCAUUCCUUUUUAACUUUUGAUAACUGAUUUCAAAGUUAUUCUAGGGCUGUACAUUUUAGGGUAAUUUUGGUCAUUUGUGUUUUGUUUUUGUGUGUGUGUGUGUGUGUAUGUUAUUUCCCCGAGUUAACAAAAUCAUUUAAGUUUAUCAGUGUUUAAUGUUUACCUAGUUCAGGAGGAGGCGGCUAUUUUAGUCACAGAGGGACUGAUGUAAAUUUUUACUCCAAGGAAGACUGAACGUGAGUGUAUUGUUGAGGCUGUUCAACCAAUCUGCCUACUCUCUCAAUUAUGGUAUUCAUUGCUCAUAUACAAGGAUGAUAGCUCCUUGUAUCACAGAUGAUAAUGCUAUGUGGGCCGUUUAAGGCUGAUAAUCAUGCUGUAAGUUGCCUACCAUUGAUGUAGGUAAUUUUAACUCAUUUCUGUUUACAGUACAAUUCAGUACAGUGUCUGAUGUAAGACUGACCUUAUUCUAAUUAAAAAAGUGAUUGAAAUAUGCACAACCAAAAUAACUUUCUUGAAAAUUAUAAGAGCUUGGUUUUUGCAUUUUUAAACAAUUAUCAAUAGAUCUGUAAUAUUAAUAAAACAAUAACCACUGUUUUUUUUACAGUAGCAAAAGCAUGGAAUUAAACCAAAAUUAUGGCUUCAUGAUGGAUUAUUUUGAGUACUGAAUUAAAAAUUUCUUUCAAACCAAGUUAAAAUUUUUUUCCUUUUUAAAGAGCAGGGUGAAAUAGAGUUGAUAGUUCUGAAAAUUUAUUUAAACAUGAAAAAUUAGAUUAUAUUUGCCAAAUAUAAAGUGAGUAUAGAUUAUGCAAGUCAUUUAGGCUUUAAGUUUUUUAAAUAUCGUAAUCUCGCUCUAUAAAACAUUUCCUAAUUGGAGAAAAUAAUUUAAAAGCUGUUUUGCAAAUUCUGAAAGGUUUUGUUAUAGGUAAAUUUGCAUUAUCUAUGGCAUUCAUCCCAUACUCAACACUUUGAAAAGCCUUCAAGUAACAGCUACAUUCUUGAAACAAAGCACCUUUUUAUUUGGACACAUUCAUUCAUAUUGCAAACCUUAGAAUACCAGUGAAAAUCAGGAACAAAAGACCUUGACCUGACAUUGAAAUUGAUGUUCAUUUUACUUUUUUCUCUAAGUUUGAUCUGAAUGUAUGAUUACUGAAUGGUAUGAGAACACUGCCAGCAAUGAUCGAUAGUAAAGGUAGUUUUUCAUAACUGCCAUUUUUCCCUUUUAAAUUUGUUGUGGAACUUAGUUCCUUUUGAAAUAGGCUGAUAAAGCAGAUUAUGGAAAGAAAUUGGAAUUUUAAAACUAUAGGGAACAACUUGUAUGUGAAAAGCAAUAAAUAUUUUGUUCAAUUUGCACCUAUCAGAUAUUUAUUAUACAACAGCAGUUUAUAUUUUUAACCAUUGCCCAUUAAUAGACAAACUCAGUAAAAUAUUUUUGAAUGAGACAUUUGGGAUUUGUAUGUGCAUUAAAAUUGUCUUUUGUACUGUAAGUUACUGUUUAAUUUCAAUAUUUUACCAGAACUGUCUCCCUGUGCCUUUAUAUUACA